AUGGCUAGUAUUUGUUGUUCAGAAUCUUCGAAAUGUUCUCCAAAGAUCUACAAAGGUGCCUUUAGGAAUCAAGUGUGUGUUUGCAAUGCGACAUAUUGUGACCAAAUCGAGCCUCUCGGCUAUCUGAAAGAUGGGAAAGCAGUCAUAUAUCGAUCAGAUUUGGACGGAGACAGACUUCGUCGGUUUACUGUGAAAGUAUUGUCCGGAUCAAAAUCAGAUGAGAAUGUUACCAUCUCGGUGAAUUCCGGAGAGAAAUAUCAAGAAAUUUAUGGAUUUGGUGGUGCGUUUACAGAUGCGACCGGAAUCAAUCUCGCAAGUUUGGAUAGAAAUAUUGCUGAUAAAAUUUUAGAAGCCUAUUUUACACAAGAAGGUCUUGAAUAUAAUAUUGGUCGAGUUCCAAUUGCGAGUACUGACUUUUCUACUCGAGAAUACAGCUAUGCAGAUGUUCCAAAUGAUUUUGAUCUACAACACUUCGCACUAGCUGAUGAAGAUUAUAAAUACAAGAUUCCGUACAUUCAAAAAGCUCAAAAAAUGACGUCUGGGAAUAUUCGAAUGUUUGCAUCGCCGUGGAGUUGUCCCGGUUGGAUGAAAGUAAAUGGAAGAAUGAGAGGCGGGGGAGAAAUGAAGAAAGAUCCAAAAAUUUAUCAAGCUUAUGCAAAUUAUUUUGUUAAAUUUUUCGAAGAAUAUUUGAAGAAUGGAAUACCAUUUUGGGGUGUCACGGUUCAAAACGAGCCUUCAAGUGGAGCUGAUAUAACAUACCGUUGGCAAACUCUCAACUUUACUGAUGAGACGAUGAGGGAUUUUCUCAUGUUUUAUCUAGGCCCUACAUUAAAAAGUAACAAGAUAACGAAAGAUUUAAAGGUUAUGAUCCUUGAUGACGGAAGAAUUCUUCUUCCGGGAUGGGCUGACACCAUUUUUAAUGAUCCCAUUGCCAAUCAAUAUGCCGAUGGGGUUGCUGUUCAUUGGUAUGGAAAUUUAUAUUCUCCCGCCACAACUUUGGAUUGGACCAAUGAACGACAUCCGGAUAAAUUUAUUCUCGCUACUGAAGCUUGUGCUGGCUAUUUCGGUCAUCAUGGUCCAAUCAUGGGUGACUGGUUUCGUGCGGAAUCAUACGCUGACGAUAUCAUAACGGAUUUAAAUCAUCACGUGACUGGUUGGACCGACUGGAAUUUGUGUCUUGAUGAAAUUGGUGGUCCGAAUUGGGCGUACAAUGUCGUUGACGCGCCAAUCAUCGUCAACAAAACGUCUCAAGAGUUUUACAAACAGCCAAUGUUUUACGCGCUUGGACAUUUCAGCAAGUUUUUCCCGAAAGGUUCUCGCAGAAUUGGUGUGAAGGUCGACGGCAAUCUUGCUGUAUCUGCAGCUGCAGUAUCAGUUACAGGAGGAAGACGUUCGAUUGUCGUACUCAACAAAAGCAGCAGCCCAAUUAGAGCUCGACUUGAUGAUACAACUACUGGGCAGUACAUUUUGUUGGAUUUGCCUCCUCGUUCUAUUCAUACAGCAAAUUGGCAGAAACCUAAAACUCGCAAGCUAUUAUGA